AAAGAGCAGCUGAAGAUUGCGAUAACUGGUGAAAGCACCGAGAAACACACAAAUUUGAUUUCGUAAUCGCAGUCCUUACUCCAACAGACUCAAGUAAUUGCCGAGAAUGAAGUUUCGUAGUAGAAUCUAAGGUUAUUUCGCUUCGAAAAAAGAUGAGACCUUGAAUCCUGAAGAAUACUUUGAUGACAGCAUGGCUUGUGAUAUCCACGUUCAGUCAAAUGUAGAACAAGCAAGGGAAAUAGAUAGACAAGUGAAGGAUAGUGAUCAGGUUUAUUCUGAUGGAGGACAUGAAAAGGCUUUAGAUUUCAACACUGAAGUUUCAGGUGCCGCUGAGCACCUUAAGCCUAUAGAGAACUUGGAACAGACUGAGACUUGUGAUGUUUCUCCGAUUUGUGUUAGUACUGUACAGGAGAUAGAAACUGAACAUGGAGGGCAGCAAAUAGAAUUUGAAAAGCAAGAGGAAAUGCCUAAGAAAAUGGGUGGUGUAAAUGAAAAUGAUGGUCAUGCAUGGGCAGAUGUGACAUUCUCAUGUGAGCCCAGUGAAUUAAUACAUGUUGAAGGUACAACACCUGGUGACAAUGCUCCUAACCCUGUUGAUAAAGUCGUGCUGUCUCCACCAGAUCAUGACAGGAACUCACCUACUCAAACAGUAUGUCGCUCAGAAAUGGACAACCAAACCACUAAGAACGUGGACAUUGCUCCAAUGGACACCAAUGAAGUUUUGAUUUCAGCUAGUGAAGCUUUGGGCCAGUCAGAUGAUAAUCAAAACUUGAGUAAUGAAGAGUGCUUACAGGAGGGUGUAGCCACUGAUUAUAGUAUUUCUGAUGGAAAUUUCGCAGAUGAGGAAGGUGUUAAAGAGCAAGUUACUCCUGUUGAGUUUAGUUUACAUGGAGAGAAAGACUUGACAGUGGUCAAAGAAAUUACUGAUAGUAAACAGCCAAACAACAGCGAAGAGAAAAUCAUUAAUGAGAAAUCUCUGGAGCCAGAGAAUUCGUUAGUGAAUCAACAAAGUUGUGACUUACCACCAGAAGAUGAAGAUGUAUUUUCUGUAACCGACUUAGUUUGGGGUAAAGUAAAGAGCCAUCCAUGGUGGCCUGGACAGAUAUUUGAUUUUACUGAUGCAUCAGAGAAGGCAAUGAAGCAUCAUAAAAAGGAUUGCUUCUUGGUUGCCUAUUUUGGGGAUAGAACAUUUGCGUGGAAUGAAGCUUCAUCUUUAAAGCCCUUUCGGUCUCAUUUCUCACAGAUGGAGAAGCAGGGCAAUGCAGAUUCAUUCCAGAAGGCUGUCAAUUGUGCUUUAGUAGAAAUUUCGAGGCGAGUACAAUUAGGCUUAGCCUGUUCUUGUAUACCAAAAGAUUUACACGACAACAUUCAAUUCCAGGUCGUUGAAAAUGCAGGGAUCCGGCCAGAAUCAAGUAUAAGAGGUGUGGAUGAAUCUGCUAGUGUUAAUUCCUUCCAAUCUGACAAGUUGCUUGAAUACCUAGGAGCAUUAGCACAGUCUCAAUCAGGUGGGAAUGACCGAUUGGAACUUGUAAUAGCGAAGGCUCAGUUGUUAGCCUUUUUCCGUUUGAAGGGGUUUUGUAGCUUACCUGAAUUUCAUUGUUGUGGAGGAUUGGUUGAGAAUAACACCGUUGGCUCCCGAUUUCAGGAUAGUUUACAUCCUGAUGAUAUGACUGAGGAUGCAAGUUCUCUUUCUAAAGAUGACGAACGAGCUUCCUCUAGCCAGGAGAGGUCGAAAUUACUUAGUUCUUCUCAUAAACGGAAACAUAAUCUUAGAGACGGCGUUUAUCCUAAAUUAAAAGAGAAAAGCUUAUCAGAGUUGAUGGUUGGUGCCAUAGAUUUUUCAGAUGACGAUUAUCAGUCUGGUAAGAGGAGAAAGGGUGUAGAUUACCAUGCUGAGGACUUGGCAGCUCAAGAUGGAAGGAAAACUGUUUCUGUUGCAAAAGCUUCUAAUUCCACUUUUCCAAAGCAGUCAUUUAAGAUUGGUGAAUGUAUCCGUAGAGUUGCUAGCCAGAUGACUGCUAGCCGUACGACUCCCGGCCAGAUGACUCGCAGUACUCCUACCGUGAAGCUUCGAGAGGGAAGGACAAGUGAUGCAGGAAGGGCAGCUGAUGCAGGAAGGGCAGCUGAUGCAGGAAGGGCAGCUGAACCAGCAGAGUACUCUUCACUAGAUGAAUUACUGUCUCAACUUCAGUCUGUUGCACAAGAUCCCUUGAAGGAAUUCAAUCUUUCAAGUGUUAUUAUUAACUUCUUCACUGACUUAAGGAAUUCAGUAGUGAUUACAGGCCAGUAUUUUGGGAGUGAGCAUGUGUCAAUUGACAAAGUCACUGGUAAAAGGAAGAAAGGGUCUCCUGAAACUUUUGAAUUUGAUGAUAUGAAUGACACCUAUUGGACAGACAGAGUCAUUCAAAAUGGUUCAGAAGAGCAACCUCUCCGUAGAGGCAGGAAAAAAGAUAAUCAACUUGCUGCUACACAGUCAGAAAAACCUCCUCAAGAAGGCCGUAGAACAUAUUCUAGGAAGCGAUACUCUAAUGGUGAGCUUGGCUUGACACCAGAGAGACCUGCUGGCUACGUUGGCGAGAACGCACCAGCAGAACUCAUAAUGAACUUCUCUGAGGUAAAAUCUAUGCCAUCAGAAAGUAACCUGAACAAAAUGUUUAGGAGAUUUGGACCACUCAAAGAAAUGGAGACAGAAGUUGAUAGGGAAAGCAGUCGUGCUAGGGUAGUUUUUAAGAAGUCUUCGGACGCAGAAGUUGCUUGCAGCAGUGCUGAAAAAUUUCACAUCUUUGGCUCAACACUUGUAAAUUACCAGUUGAGCUAUACUCCAACUCUCCCUUGUAAAGCAUCUCCGGUUGUUAUUACAACUCAGGAUCAUGAAAUGCAACUUGAUCUCUCUGCCCAUGACCAUGAGAUGCAGCUUGAUCUGUCCACCCACGAACAUGAAAUGCAACUUGAUCUGUCCACCCAUGACCAUGAGAUGCAACUAGACCUCUCCAGUCUGUCAAGUUUUGAGGUUAAUUUGGUUUAGGAAUUUCAGGAAAAGGUUUUAGAAAUCUGGCUGCAAUGUUCUCACCUGGGCUGCCAAAAGGAGGUAUAGGUGACCGAAAUGUUAACCAGGUUAUGAGAUAUUCACUUGGCUUCUGGGUGCUGUGUUUUGUUUUCUGUCAAAAUGCAUUUUUCUAUCCUUACCCUUACCCUUCUUGUAAUCUAUCUGGUUGUUUAGUUUAAUUUUAAUGUAUAGCUGAGUUAGCUGAGCUUCUUUUCAUAGUUCAUUUCUGUUCAGCCAGUCUUUUUUCUAUCCUUGAUGACUACUACAAAAUUGAAUCAUUGAUCAGGGGUGCACAUGGUGUCUACUUGAAAAGGGUAAGAAAUUUUCAGUAUUGUCUAUAUAACAUGCUGGGGAACCUUGCUUUUUUCUCUUA